AAGUUGCACCUUUCCGAGAAUAAACAACAAAAGCCGAAUCAGUUUUGUGACAUUCUGACGUCACAAUGUGCGGCUCUCGUUCGCCAUGAAUUUCGUAUAUCUUCCAGCGAAUCGUGAAGAAGUCAUGGUCACGCGUUGAUAACGGCAUCUAAAUCUACAGCAGAAGCUUCUUAGGAUCGAAAAAUAUUUAAUGUUUACAAUCAUUCUAAGUUUGCGAGUCGGAAUGUGUCCAUGCUGUGUCACGACUUUGUUUCGAUCACAUGUUUAGGCCCACAAUGCUACGGCUUCCUGUUCAAGCUCUUCCCUCGCGUAUAAUUAAUCGAAAUUGACACUUCAGUUCUUCUCCAGAAACGAUGAAAAACUAAAGGCUUCAGAAUUGAUAUCUGAAAUGCUCAAACUAAAUGCCGGUAAAACAGAACUGAGAGUACCUUCACUUGCAGUGUUCAAUUGCGAAUCGCCGUCGUUCGAUUCGGUUUGAGGCGAGACUAACGAAAUACAAUGUGACGUCAAAAUUGCGUCAAAGUGUCACCAAACCGAAAAAAUUUUGUCAGUUAGUUCAAUUCAAUUAUCGAAAUGCAAGAGCUUAUAUCUCACAAACUGUAAAAAAUAUCGAAAAACAAAUAACGAAUUUGUGAUCAGGUGGUUCAACUCCCUUAGAUUAGCCAAUAAAAUGCAAGUGCAAAAUUUGGCUGGAGAGGCCCUUUUAGAAGUCACAGGGCAAAUAAGCGGCCUCUAUCUACCAUGAAUUUUUAGCUGUUUUGCCCUACCUGAGGGAUUGAAACUUCAAUCAUGGCGUCGCGAACUCCGAGAUGGUCCAUUCCUAUUUUUUCAGGUUAGGCUAUUAAUUAUAAUUAGCUAAUCAGUGCAUCUUAUCGUACAGUGAAAUGUGGCCUAGGCUCUGAGUUGAUAACUGGUGAUGCAUGCCAGUUGUGUCCUCGUGGAAGCUACAGGGACGCUGCGAAUCAAACGAGCUGUGUUCCUUGCCUGGUGACUGGAGAAGUUGCAAAAACAACAUACAUUCUAGGAGCUAAAAGUUCUUCAUCUUGCAAAGCUGUUUGUCCACGUGGAAAAGAAGUAUCGAAAGAUGGCAUGAAAUGUAUGGCUUGCCAAACUGGCUUUUUUAGGGAGGAUUUGCUUUUGCCACAUUGUAUUGCCUGUACAAGUGGAAGAACAACUAAAAUGCCAGGAAGUGUUUCAUCCAGCAACUGCAUCUCUCUGCAAAGCACAAAGAAGGAAAGUGUAGGAAUCCGGUUCACAGUAGAAGUUUGGAAUUCCAAGCUGUCGGAUGUCAACAGUUCAGAAUUCAGAAUUUUGAUAUCAAAGAUUUCCAAAGAAGUAGAGAAAAUAUAUGCCGCCGAAGAAGGCUUUUUGUCUGUCAAAAUCAACCAGUUCAGGAAUGGAAGUGUCAUAGCCUUUGCUGAUUUGGUCUUCUCUACAUUAGUGUCCGACCCUCUGGGCAAGCUCAGAAAUGCCAUCGCAUCCGGUUCUGUUGGAUCUCUGUCAGUUGAUUCUUCAUACACAAUCGUUGACCACUGUAGACUGGUUGGCAAUUGUGGCGCGAAGCAGGAGUGCAAAAGCAAUGCCACCCACGGAUACUGUGCCUGUAUUCAAGGUUACUACAAGCCGUCUUCAGUAUCAACCUGCGAGGUCGACUGCAGUCCCUCAUUCUGCUUAAACAGCGGCAAAUGUGAGCGUGGACCAAACUACAGGGUUUGUAGGUGUGCCAGUGGCUACUCAGGCAACAUAUGUGAAAAAGAGGGUAACAACAUUGGUCUGAUUGUAGGCUUAUCAGUAGCAGGCUUGCUUUUAAUUAUCAUUAUUGGAAUUAUCGUAUUUAUCGUAUGGAAGAAAAAUCAACGGAAGAACCAUGUCGGUACAGGGAUCCAGCUUGAUGACACAGCAAGAGCGAAAAAUUCAUCUGACUAUCCUUUGAAGGCAGUUACGAAUCCAAGUGCUUAUGGUGAAGUGCCUCAUUCAAACAACAGCACCCAAUCUUCGGUGCGAGCAUUCUCCAACAAGGUAGCCGUUGACAGUGAACAUGCCGAGGAACAGGGUGCUGUUUGAUGGUUCUACAGACUUUCCAACUAUCUAAAUACCAACUACUGUCAGAAGGAAAUCAUUGAUUUAUAAAUUUUUAUUUUGUUUUCAAACAGGUUUGGUUUAUGUUUUCUAACAAUUGAUUACUUCUUUGAUCUAAGAUCAUGGUGUGACAUUUUUUAUUGUACGUUUCCACGUUGCAAUCUCCUUAUUAGAUGUUUUCUACAUUUUUAGCUUUUGGCUAAAAAACUGUUCAGUGGUUAGAUAUUCCUCUUGUUUUUUAUUGGAGUUCCUAAUACCUGCAAAAAACCGAUCAGAAAGUCCAAGGUGCGUUAGGGAGAUUUGAUCUAUCAAAGAGUGAUUGUGUUGAACAAUUUAUGCAAUUCCUUCACAAAACAAUUUAAUAAUCUGCGGGAAAAGGAACCGAAGACAGGUUUUGUCCGUUGUUUCCUCCCACGUGUACCUGGGGCUAAGUCACGUUCUCAAACCUGCGUAACUCGGAGAAGUGUAGCCGGAUUAUAAAGAUUAAGCAGAUAUCAGUCCGUUCUGGAUUUUCUUAUAAAACUGUUAAACAGUGUUUUAAUUAUUUCUGUACUUUUUCUUAUUUUGGUUUCUUAUUUUUUGUAAAGAACUUAAUUAUCGCUGCAUUAAAAUUUGUAGAAGAUUCGAAAAAAUAACAAAGAUUUAUAUCGAUAUCUAGCUGAAUUUGAGCUUUAUAGCCUCAAAGAAAUUGAUGAGGUAUUUCCAAAUAAUAGAAAUGUCCAUUUAAAAGAUAUCCGGUUUUGCAAAAAUUAGCCAAAAAACACUCCAAGGAGAGCUUCUGUCGUUUUUUAUUAUAGCCACCAGUAAGUCACUUGGGGCCCUGGGCGCGCUGUGUCAAUUUUACAGAAAAGCGACAAUAUUAACGAACCUAGUAUAGGCCUAAUUGUAAACAAACCUGUGAAAUGAAAAUUAUCCAUCAUCACUUAUAUCCGUAGAAAUACAGGAGCCAUCCGUCUUACUUCCAACCCCAUUAAAAGACUGCAUUUUCUGAUGACUCUGUCAAUUCUUAUCUCCAAAAGCAACGGUUGAUAUAACCAUCCUAAUAGCGCGAUGCAACAGACCGCCAUACACUGAGAGUAACUUUUUGCCGUACAAUUUGGAAAUCGGCAGGCUUCACUGCCUCCCUACAGAGCUAUCCCUCUACCGUAUUCUAUACAACUCGUUGGCAGGGGCGGAUCCAGAAGGAAAUUUGACCGUCAAUCCAGCUUAGGGUCUGGGGUCCUGAAAGGCGCCCAGCAGGUGCAGCGGGCACAAGCUAAAAUUGCUUAAAUUUACAGCUAAAAUGCGAGAAAAUGCCAUCUUUCGUAUUUGUGCGUUUAUUCAACAUCAUUUUUUCAUUAUGAAUUUUUCAUUACGUUUCUUUAUUGUCCUCUUGAGAAUUACAGGCAUUGUAGUUGCCUUUCAGUGUUAGGUUUUUCAAACAGACAUCAAAGGUACUAUUAACAUUCCUUUACACGACAUCAAUAAUUAGUGAUCAGUAACUAGAACAGAAGCAAGAAUUUCUUAAAAGUACAAUGACAUCAAAAUUAUGAAAGUAAGAGGCCAGCAAUAUAGAAAAAUUAUCAAAGAGCUGCCUUUAAACAAAGUCAGACAUAGAGGGUUCAAGUGCUGGGCAUAAGAAAUGAAAAACAUCUGUAAACCAACGUUAUAAAUGAAAUACAGGAAAGUGAUAACUUCAAAAGAACUUAAAAAUAACAGUAGGAUACUGUCUCUAGCAAGAUAUUGCACACAAACGGAAAGAUGGAACAAGAUGUUUGAUUUCUAGGGCUCUCCAAAUUUCAAAAAUACAGGAACAAGAUAAUCGCUUCAGGAACGGAACUUUCUGAAAGAGACAUAAAAGAGUGGAACAAUAAUACUGUCUAGCAACACAUUGAAAAGAAUGAGAAAUAUUUUCCCAUUGAUGCAUAUGAAGGUUGAGCUUUAUAGACAGUUUCCAUCUGAAGUGGAUUUAGUGUGAGAUUGAAAUAUAACUUGCAUUAGAUUUUUGCCUACACGCCACUUAAUAAAUCUAGAUUUCUAUGAAGCAUAUUCAUAAAAUUGACUUAGACUAACUUCACUACAGUUUGUCAAAUAAUGAAACGCUAAGAACAUAUGAAUAUAUAUAUUCAGAGGAUACAUAAUUUACGCAAUGCCAGGCUUUAGGCCCUCGCGGCGCCUGACAUCUAGAACGCUCUGCAAUGCACUGAGGGCAUUUGUUGUUUCAGUAGUCACGAAGCUUUUAUCUGUGAUAUCCUUGAGGGCACUGUGCGAUGCUCAGAAAAAUGACGAAUGGCUCGCUGAAAGAUGAUUCAAGUUAAACGGAGACAGUUGGAAAUGCUCCUUGGAAAAAUCUCCGAUGUACUCAUCCUUUGGCUUUGAAAAAGACCGAAGAAAGAAAAGAGCAAGAGAGAGAUAGAUGAAACAGAGGAAGAAAUAAGUCAGGACGAGGAAGCAGGGGGUGUAGAGGAGGAUUUAAUGUAGGUAGCUUAUUGGUUACAUAAUUGUAUAUAUUCAUAUGCAAUCUGAACUUUCGAUCGGUUGUAAUCAUAUCGCUUUUUUCAAUUAUUGGACGUUAGAAGUACUAUGUUUUUACCAAUAUUUUACAUUGCAGGAGACAAUUAGAAGCUGGUAGUAGCAACAAAAGCCCAGAUAGAAGCAAGACCCACGAGGCUCCGAAAGUGCGACCAGGAAUAAGCUUCUGGCUGGUGAUAGACGUACCGGAGAGCAGCAUUCCAACAGUUCGCUCCAGAAUAAUGCAGCUUAUUCUGGCAUCUGGCCUGGAAAUUGACCAGUGCAAGCCUAUCAUGUCACGGAAAAAACCAAUGUUGACGAUGUUUAUGCCGCCUCCAUCAGUCAGGCCCUGAAAGACCACAAUCAUGCAUAAGCAAUGGAGCUUGCCGAGACUGGUACCAACUAUUUCAUGCAGAUGCAUGUCAAAUGCAAGACUGGAUUGGAGGUAGAGAUAGGAGAUUAACCGCGAUGAAGUGAAUUUGGCAAGUUGCCACUUCGCAUCAUAAUUACGCAGAGAUGUCCAGUCGAGUCGGCAGAUGCAUUUCGCCAAGCUUGAAGUCGAAUUAUGUAAAUAAUUCUAAAAAAAAUUAUUUUGCUUUCAAAACCGACAAAUUUUACUACAACAGAACUAUUUCCGAGUAACGAUGCAUAUAUCAGGUUACGCGAGUGUAAAUUAGGGACAUGUGUUUGGAAAGCUGUUCUAAAAAAAGCUUUUCUUGUUCACGCUCCUACUCUCCUAUUAACAUCUAUUCUCCUUUAUUCAUAGUUAGUCAUUAUUUCUAGUGAGGAAAGUUGAAAACAAAUAAGCUGCGAUCUAAUGAUUUCAUUUUUUGUUUGCCUUCUUUGUUUCUCUUUGAUAAAUUGACUUUUUUAUGACAUCAUGUUUUUCCCCAUGCUUGGCAACUUUUCCCCUUGUUAAUUGCAGUGAUUAUCAUUGAAUAACAACAUCUAGGAGGGUGUACGUAUGAAUGAGAAUAAAUAAGAUUUUUCUAAUAGGGGUCUGAUUUGUAAGGGAGGCUUUCUUAUUCCAGUGGCGGACUGGCAGGGAUGCUAAGUUGCCAUCGCAACCCGGGCCUUCUCAAAUUCAUAAUAACUGGGCCCUCCGUAGAUAAAUUCGAGAAAAUAACUCAAUUUUAAUUUCAGAGUUAAUUUCAAAAAUCUCUAUGUUCAGAAGAAUACAAGUCACAGAAAUGAAGAUAAGAUCCUUAAAAAGAAAAAAUUUCAGUAUUGCUUACCAGGGGCGUUGUGGCUAGGCGGGACACGGGGAAAUUUCUCGGUGGCCCCCUUUCGAGUGAGUUUGUAAAACCCAGGAAAAUAUCUAAUACGAACAAAAUCUUUGGUGAGAAAACGCCGCACUUACAUGUAGACUCAAGUUCACAGUUCAGAAUUAGAGGAGGUCAACAUUUGCAAACAGGCAACUGUGAAAGAGAUGCAUGGAAUAUGAACAGUGCUUUCGAGAGGGGGACAAGGGGGGGGGCAAACUGUCCCAGGGCCCGAGGUCUAGGGGUCCUCUUAAAGCAAGGAAUUCCAGAUCAAGAACUGAAUUUUAACGAAAUGCAACAAAGUGGGCCUAAAAAUUUUUAAUACGAGAUAAACGACUGUAAAAAGCAUUCUGAAUCGUGUUUCAAGCUAAUUUAAAGGACGUGGCCGAAAAAUAUUUUCUGCUCGCUUCGCUUGCAGUGCAUAUAUGUCUGCUGUUGCUUUACUGUUUAAAUGUGGUACCUUAGGAUUUUCAUGGUACACAAACAGAUACUAACGUUACAGGACAAUGCUUUUCUGUAUGGGAAAAAUAGUCUAAAACAAGCGACGAAAACAAUGCCACUUUCUCCAAAACUGGGGUUGUGCCACAAUUAUCUGUCACAAUUUUUAGAAAAGGCAUUUCAUGUCCAAUCACUUGGUAAAUAGUUUGCCUCUGUGAAAAUAUUUUACCUAAGGAUUUUCAUGAUACACAAACAGAUACUUACGUUACAGGACUAUGCUUCCUGUAUGGGGAAAAAGGCCUAAAACACGGGGCAAAAACAAUGCCACUUUCUCCAAAACUGUGUAUAUUGAAAAUGUGAAUUUAGAAAGUAUGUUGUUACGUGUAGCAUGCAAGGAAGGUCAAAUUGCAAAAGUAGAUUCCUUUAUUGUAGUGUCACAAGAAGAACUGCUCUAGGUAAUGGCACAUCUCAAAAACUUUACUUUGGUCAGCAAAAGCAAUACCUGCCCCACAAUUGUGAUGUCGAUGGCUGUCAAGAAAGCAAAGCAUCCCUUGACUCAUACAUAAAGCAACAGACUUGUCAGGAGGAAUAUUUAAAACACAGGCAUAUACUGGAUAUUUCUUUGCAAGCGAAAACAGUUCAUUGGCAAGAGCAUUGGCAUCAGUUAUUCCUUGAAAGCUUUUUGGCAUAUAAAGCUGCAAAUCUUUGUUGGAUAACCUCUUCUACAGGCAGGUUUGGCUGGUUGUGAAUUGGAAGGAUUGAGCCUUAGAUAGCAUUGCCCUCCUUGAUGAUGACGUUAUAGUCUUUAACUAAACUUACUCCAUGAGCCUCUGUUUCGCUACUGCCUCACUUGACGGACGC